AUGCCUGAGAUCAUCCUCUCCAUCAACGCCGGCUCCUCGAGCGUCAAGAUCUCCGUUUACAAAACCCCAGAAGACGGCACCUCAACGCCAACCCAGCUAGCCGAGGCCUCGAUCGAAGGCCUAACCGCACCGCCGGCAAAGCUCAAAUACACGCGCGGCGACGAGCAAGUCAAGGGCAAGGAGCUCAAAGACAUAACCUCUCAGGAAGACGCCUUUCGCUACAUCCUCGACCACCUGACGCAAGACAGCGGGUUGCCAGAGCUGAACAAAAAGGAGGACAUUCACUUCACGUGCCACCGCGUCGUGCACGGGGGGGACUACCCACGCAGCCAGGUCAUCGACUCAGCAACGUACCACCACAUCGAAGAGCUGAGCGACCUAGCCCCACUGCACAACGCGCCAGCGCUGAGCAUCGUGCGCGCCGUGACGCAAAUCCUGCCGCACGCAAAGAACAUUGCGUACUUCGACUCGUCGUUCCACAGCACGCUGCCCGAGCACGUGAGCACGUACCCGAUCGACCCGGGCACGGCGCAGAAGAACAAGCUGCGAAAGUACGGCUUCCACGGCAUCAGCUACGCAUUCAUCGUGCGCGCCGUAAGCGCGCACCUCUGCAAGCCCGCCCGCGACCUGAACAUGAUCGCGCUGCACCUCGGCUCCGGCGCAAGCGCGUGCUGCAUCCGCGCCGGCUCCAGCAUCGACACCUCCAUGGGACUCACCCCCCUAGCUGGCCUCCCCGGCGCAACGCGCAGCGGCAGCAUCGAUCCCAGCCUGAUGUUCCACUUCACGCACAGCGCGGGAAAGCCGAGUCACAGCUCAGGCACAAAGUUGCACAUCACGCAGGCCGAGGAGAUCCUGAACAAGAAGAGCGGGUGGGCGGCGCUCACGGGGACUACGGAUUUCGGCAAGAUUAGCGCGAGUGAGCGUAAGGAGGAUCGGCUGGCGUUUGACAUCUUUGUGGACCGGAUUGGGAAUUAUGUUGCGCCGUACUUUGCAAAGUUGGAUGGCAAGGUCGAUGCGUUGGUGUUUGCCGGGGGCAUUGGCGAGAAGGGGGAGAGGCUGAGGAAGGAGGUGGUGAGAGGCGUGAGGUGCUUGGGGUUUGAAGUGGACGACGAGAAGAAUGGGCAGUCGGUGCAGGAUGUCGUGACGGAUAUCAGUGGGAAGAACGCUAGGUAUAAGACGCUGGUGUGCCAGACAGACGAGCAGCUGGAGAUGGCGAGAGGAGUGUUGGACGAUAAGGAUCGAUUCGUGGGGAAGGAGUAG